AUGCAAGAGAAGUUCAUGCGGGUGAAGUUUGGUUGUGCCCGGACCCAAAAAUACAGCAAGAAGAGAAAGCAGCAGCCCAGCUUGUGUCCGGCUUAUUUUGUGUUGCAAUAUAAGGAGGACAUAGACCGGCUCGUGAUCAGCGAACUGAACAGCAACCACGUCCAUGCGGACCCGGUGUUUUCCCUGACCAGAGCCACCGCUGUGACGGACUUGCACGUGGUUGCGGGACAACCGGCGGACGGGGCGCCUGCUCGGUACAGGGCUCCCACGCUCCCUGAGGCAGCGAAGGAAAAUGCCUCGGCCUCAGCGCUCGUCAGGGUUGCUGAGGUCAUGAAAACCUUCCUGAGGGCAGACAGGGGCUCGCUGGCCUCAAUUAGCGCAGACAGCGACCACGGCCUGGACAGACUCAGCUUCCAGACCAGCAAGAUGAAGAGCUCGUUUAUGCAGUUCCCCGAGAGCCUCCUGCUGCACAGGGUGCCGAGCGAGGGGAGACACGUCCUCUACGCUUUCCUUGUAGAGAGUAAGGAGCGAGUGGGGAAAGUGGUACACUUGUCACUGCUGAAGUACGAGGCAGGACACAGCGUCAGGAAAAUGCUGACCGUCUUCAAGGAGUUCAACCCCGAGUGGCAAAAGGUCCAGGCUGUUUUCGUGGACGUGUCCUUCUUUCACAAAUCCAUCCGCCACGAGCUUGCCCAGGUGCUCCUUUCUGUCUAUCACACUGUCCGACUCCUUGAGAAGAAUGUGAGGGAAGCAGAAAUCUCCUCUUCCUUCAGGCAGAACUUGACGCUGGCCUUGCAGAAGGCCGUGUUUUCCCCUUCGGCUGCAAGCCUGGAUGCCCUCUCCCAGCUGGUGAAGCGUGUGGUCAGCCCGGAGCUCUAUGACUACCUGCAAGCCAACUGGUUCUCCUGCGAGCUGCUGUGGUGCGUGCACGUGGAGAAAGGGCUGCACUCCUGCAGCACGCACAUGGACAGCCUGGACCUCAUCACGCACCGAAUAUCCCGUCUCUUUGGCCAGCAGCCGUCCUUGGAGGCGAGUGUUCUUUGUUUUCUGGAGCGUGCAGACUGCCUCGAUUCCACAGGCUUGGAAAGCCUGAAGCAGGGUUUCUCAAGCGCUGAGGAGGACAGUCGGAGCAGCCUCCAGGAGGAGCCUGACACAUGUGCCGGUGCUGCAGCAGCAGAACCAGGUCCUGUUUCUGGCUCUCUGGCUCUUGCCGAGUGCCCCGAGCCCGCCGGGCAGCGGCUGGCCUUGGAGGGCCGCGCCGAGCGCCUGGUCCUGGCCGCCCUGAGCGACACCAUGUGCGCAGCCACCGAGAGCAGCCGCAGGAAGAUGCACGCCCUCCUGGGGGACCUCGUGACACCAGACUUGCUGCCUCAGCUCCAUAUUCGCUGGCUGCUUGAUGAUGAGAUCUGGGCCGUGCACAGGGAGAGGACGUGGGGGGACAGCAGUAACUACUUUAGGGACCUGGAGGUGGUCACCCAGGGGCUAAGCCAGGUUUUCAGCACUGGGCUCUCUCUGGAGAGCUGCAUCACCUCCUUAGCCCAGCACUACCAAAAGUGUGUUUCUAAGAGCCCUCCUGAUACCGCGACGUGCUCCACUACCCAUCCUGAUCACCGUGCUGCUCAGGCAGCUCCCCAAAGCCUGCCUGCCUUGGGUCUGCCUCUCGCCCCUCUGGCAUGCCGGGGGAAGCCACCUCAGAGCUCUGUCCAGGCCUGCCCCACCACGGCAGCAGCUCAGCAGCAGCAGCCGGUGGCGGCCUCUCUCACAGCUGCUAAGAGCCCCGCUGCUCAGGCAGCUCCCCAAAGCCUGCCUGCCUUGGGUCUGCCUCUCGCCCCUCUGGCAUGCCGGGGGAAGCCACCUCAGAGCUCUGUCCAGGCCUGCCCCACCACGGCAGCAGCUCAGCAGCAGCAGCCGGUGGCGGCCUCUCUCACAGCUGCUAAGAGCCCCGUGAUUGUUCUCCAGAGUCCACCGGCAGGCCCUCGGCUCCCCACGGCUCUUCAGCGUCAGCCUGAAAUCCCCCAGGCUCUCCUCCUCCUCCGGAACGAGCCCGCGAGCCCUCAGUCCUCAUUAGAUCCUUCAUCUCCUGUGGCCAAACUGGAGGCCACGGAAAACCCGGAGGGUGACAGCGAGGAGGAAAUUAACCGAAGGACUGAAGAACUCAUCAAGCAGUCUUUGAGGGAUAUUUGCACGGAGCCUGCUGCCAGGCUGUGCCUGAGCGAGUUUGCGGUGGUUCAGAAGUCCGUGCAGCUGAUAGGCGCCGGGGAGGAUGCUCUCAGCAUACAGGUCCUGGAGGAUGCCCACAGGGUGGACCUGAAAGGCCUGAGCAGCUGCACUUGCCACUUCAACCAGGUCUUCCAGCUGCCCUGCCGGCACAUCUUGGCCGUGCUGAAUUCGGACAGGAAGACCUUGCAGCCAGAGACGCUCAGCAGACAGUGGUGGAAGGAACAUGAUGCCCAUCAGGCCGGGCGAGACAGUGCUAUUGGCCUCUUGGAGGUCCUGAAGAGCUCCUGGAACAAGUCCUUGGAUAAAUCCCUGGUGGUGUCCUUCCUCACGGCGGAGAUCAGCCGGCUUCUCACCCACUGCAGCGGGGAGGAGUUUGAGUGCAGGUACAGGACCCUCCGGGAGCUGGCUGACAGCUGGAUCGGGCCCUACGUCGAGGUGAAGCUGUAGCGCCGAGUGGGAGCCGAGCUGGCCGCUCCGUGUGCGGGUCCUCGGGAGCAGCAGGGCAGCAGAUGUGCAGGGGGCCUGUUCAUCGCUCCACUGGUGUCCCAGCUUCCCCUUUUACUCCCCUCAGCCUGUCACUCCCUCGGGGCUCGGCAUGGAAGGGGCAGUUUGGGUCCUUUAUCUGCCGAGCAAGCAUCGCCUCUUGCACGGGGCAGCUGAGGAACCGGAUUGGGAACUCCAGAUCGCGCUGGAAUGGGUAACCAGCCGCUGACCUGGCUAGCAGGAGAUGUGGCUGGGAGCCAGCCAUGGGUGGUGCGGCGUGGGAGAUGACGGUAUAAUAACAUGUGACAAAAUUACUUGAUCUGCGGCCAGUGCCUGCAGGUCUUUCCAGCAUCCUGCUGCGAUGUGUUGUGCAACAAAGCCAAUAAAUCGGCCUUGUA